AUGACUACUCCCCAGGUCACCAAGGCUGAUGCUGACCUUUGGCUGGCUUACGGUAUCAAGCUCAAGAACACGUUCGCUCAGACGUCUACCCUGGGCGAUGACAACCGCUUCUACAUCGCACCGCUCUCGUCUGCAGGUAUCGCGGCCGGCAAGAAUAUCAACUCAGCCAUCACUAACCACGGCGUUUAUACUGUUGGUGACACACUUCUGAGCCUUGACGAGCCAGUCUUCCUUCCCAGCCGACAGAGCUACUUCCAACGAUGCCUCUCGUACUCUCUGAACGUUGAACUUCACGCCAACAAGAACGCUGGCGCCCAGGUUCGAUACAACACUGCUCGUGACAAUGCCCUGAAAGCCCUGAAAUACUUCCAAGAUACCCGAACUGCAGCCAUUGCGGCCUACACUCAGGAAAAGAGUGCCGGGAUCACCACCGACCCCUUCGCUCUCUGGGUCAUCCAGAACUAUCCUCAGUUUGCACAGGCACAGAGCGCCAAUGACUCUGCCACUGCUGUCGCAGCUGCCGCCUCUGGAGCUAUGGAUGGCCCAAUGGCUACCAUUGUGGGUAAAUACCAGGCGAGUCUCGCUGCUGCCAACGGCACAUCUGCUAUUCCUGGGGUGACCAUGUCCUGCUCCAAUGCGAGCGCUGACCAAAUCGCUUCGGGCCAAGCUGGCACCCCUGGUGCUCCUUUUGAGCGCCCCUCGUACAACCUCAAUGGUCAGUACUCCCAGACGGUCGACGGCUGGAUCAACACAUUUUCCCAGAACUCCAAAAACCCCAAGAAGAUUACUUUCACGGCGAAAGAUGCCCAGUCGUCAUCUUGGGCAGACCUUGGUUACUCCAACACCAAUGUUCAGGUGACCGGAUCGUACUGUAUUUUCUUCAGUGCAACAUUCGUCGAGAACAACCAGACUGUGACCAAGAAUGUUACCGCCGAAGAAGCCGGCGCUGAGUUGGAGGUCACUCUUACCGCCACCGACUUCCAAACCUUUACUAUCAACCCUGGCAACUGGCAACUGGCUGGUAUGCCGAUUGUAGCCAACGCCGAUCCCAACCUCAGCAAGCCCAUGGCUUUUGUCAACCAGGUCAUCCUCGCCUACGGUGUCGGCAUGGAGGUGAAGCUUUCUUCCUCCGCCGCAUCCAGCAUCCACAACUACAUGGAAAAGGCCCGCUCCACUGGUGGUAGUGCAUCCAUCUUUGGCUUCAACAUUGGUCUUGGAGGUGCCGCCAACUCCACUCAGACCUCUACCACCACCUUUGACCAAGUCAAAGACGCCAGCUCUAGCACUGGUUUCACUAUCCCCCCUUCUGACAACGCCUAUCCUACCUUGUUGGGUGUCUUUGGCCAGUCCAUUCCUCUUCCCAAGAACGCCCAGAAGUAG